AUGGCUUUGGACGUCACUAGCAUGAAGCCUGUCGACAUGGCCUCUCAGGCCACUGCGGCAACGCGCGUGCUCAAUACUCCUGAGCUGGUCCUGGAGAUUUUCUCCCAUCUCCAUGACCACAAGAGCAAGGCGUGUUUUAUGCUGUUGGGCAGAUGCACUUGGAGAGUUGGUGUAGCAGAGAACUGGAUAGAAGACUGGCAGCUGAGGGCACUCUUCCCUCCCGACGUGGAGAUCAGAGGCCGGGUUCCGGUGGCCGUCAAGAAGGAAGAAGACGUCUCUCUCUCUCGCAAGAUCGGCAAAGGAGAAUGGGACCGGAUCCGACUUCAUCUGCAAUACCUUCGGCGGAUCCACACCCGGGGAAUGUACGACUCGCUCGACAACCUGGGACGAGACACUGGGAUGUUGUUGACGUGGAGCUUCCUAUGGAAGCUUUCGACAUACAACGGCACUGAACUGCUCCUACCAGCUCUCCGCCACGUCUCCAUCUCGCUUAUCUGGCCAUCGGCCUUGCUGGCAUGCCGGAUGCUGUUGGUUCCCCAACUACAGUCUGUCUCCAUACAGGCCGAUCUGUGCGGCCUGCCCGAAGGCAUUAUGUCUACCACCCUUUGGAUGCACCUUGACUCCUUUUUGGAUGUCCUCGCCGAGAAUUGUACAUACCUGGAAAACCUUGAGGUCGAUCUAUAUUGCACAAACGACGACGGCACAUUCACUGCCACCCUGGACACAAGGCUCCUUUCACUUCUUGGGAGACUCUAG